AUGGCUCACAGUUCACAUGGAUUAAAAUUUUUCUUUUUUGUAAAUAUUUUGACAUGUUUUGCCCAACCCAGACAAAAUGACCCUUGUUUAUGGUAUAACAAUCUCAGUGAUCCAUUAAGAAGUACAAUCCACCAACCCAAACAAUUAGAUACCCUACUCUGUGAUAGAUAUCUCUUACCGGGGUGGUAUAGGUUCGUUGACGGGUUGAUGCCAACAUCGUGUGUUGAGCAAUUCCGUUGUGGUACUCAAGCUCCAAUAUGGAUGAAUGGUACUAUUCCCAGUCCACAAGACGGUAUAGUAGCACGUAUGGCAUGUGUCAAUGCUCGGAAUGCUUUCAUGUUCGUUGGUACGUGUUGUUCUAUCCAGAUACCGAUUGAAGUCAGGAAUUGUGGUGAAUUUGUGAUAUACAACCUAAGAAACACUCCUGGAUGUCCCAUGGCAUAUUGUGUUGAAGCACCACCGAUACUCAAGGCAACACCAAAACUAAUUGGACCAGAGAUAGUUGGUAGCCAGUUCAGGUUCGCUUGUCAUGUCACACUACCAGAAGAAAAUGAUAACAUAGGCUACGAUAUUGCUUGGUCAUUUGAUAAUCAACCUCUAGAAGGUUUUCUACCACAGCCCAUGACUGGAACUGUACAUGUUUCAUAUCUUGAUGAAAUCUACUGGAAAGGGAACAUUGGUAAAACGUUGCGCUGUCAUGUAAGAACAUAUUAUCUCUCAGUGCCUAAUGUAAAAAGUCACUUUUAUGAAAGCAAUGGAUAUUGGGGUGGAAUUUCUGUAUCACCAGGUUAUGUAGCUGUUAGUGAGAGAGGUGAUGAACAGCAACUAAAUAUAACAUGUACCUUACCAAUAAUAUGUUUAAAUACAUCCAACUGUGCUAUACAUCUUACUGUUGAUGUUCAUGGUGAAGCUUGGGAUGAUAUAGCAACAGCUACCGAUUGUAGACUACAAUUAAAGGCAUUAAACUGGAACCCUACUGAAAAAUAUGUGAUAACCACAACUAGCAUUAUGGCAACCAAUGACUUCAUUGAUGAUGGUGAUCAGAAAGUUUCUGUCAAUUUCCACCCAGAUUUCUCUUUCGCUCCAGAGAUUUGGCAAGGCUAUAGUUUUCAGGGAGCAGAGGUGGUUACAUUAGAUGGCGAAACUACUAGAUGUUAUGCUUUUUCAGAUCCCCAUAUUAGAGGUCUACAGAGAGAAGGAGUGUAUCAUCUGUAUGAAGAAGGAGAUUUUGUGUUGGUGAAGAAUACCAGACGACCAUUCGAGAUCCAUGUGCGAUCCUGGGCGUGUGUUGGACGUGGCUGUAUUUGUGCUGUAGCUAUACGAAAUGGUAAUGAUGUUAUAUCAGUAGACAUCUGUCAGAACACUGGAACUCUACCGGCUGUAGUUAAAGUAUUGUCAGGAACUACAAUAUCUACCGGUACCACAAUCCAUAAAUCACGAGAUGGACAAACCUUCAUGAUUAGUUUUGAAUCUGGAAAUUGGGUUCGAGUCAAGGAUUUCCGAUCAUAUUUAAAUGUAGAAGUACAAGCCACAUCGAAAGAUUACGGCUACCUCGAAGGAAUAUGUGGAACGUUUGACAAUAACCAAGCCAAUGCGUUUGUUUCACCAAAUGGACAGUUAUAUCCUGAUUCAGAUCACCCUGUUGAAUUUAUGAGAUCUUGGAGGAUCGCAUCAGAAGAAAGUUUAUUUACUGGUAAAUUUAACCGAGUAUCAACAUCUGUAUCAUUAUUACCAAUUAUAUCACCUGUACAGUGUUUCUGUAAACCUUCACAUGGUAUAACUCAAUGUGGUACAACACAGAUUGUACAGGAUCCUAACAGACUGACAAUAAAGAACUAUGUAGAUAUUACAGUAAAGAUUGUGGGUAAGAUCCAGAGUCAUGACGAACCUACAUCUCCAGAUAGACAGAUAGUUAUACCUGAAUUUAAAAGACCAACAAAAACUAUUGUAAAUGAAAGCGAUGCAAGACAGUUAUGUUCUCAAAGUAUUGUUAAUAUUUCACUUGGUAUAGAGUGCUCUACGGCGGUAUCUCUUCAUAUAUCGGGUUUUAUGUCAUCAUGUGUCCAAGAUACAUUGUUGGCAGGAAAUGAUUACUUUGUUCACGGGAUGGUAGCCGCCUUUGAAGCAAACUGUCAAGAGGCGGUGAUGAAGAAUGUUACUAAUUAUAAGCAAGGUGAUGAUGGCAGACGUUUACCACCACCGGAAGUGACGACUCUGAUGUGUCCUAAUCAGUGUAGUUUGAGAGGAAGAUGUGGUGAUGGUAUAUGUAGGUGUAAUCCAGGAUACACGGGAAUAGAUUGCUCAGUACGGAUGAAUUCUCCUCCACAGAUUAUCAUUAUGAGAGGAGACGGAGUUUGCGAUCCAAUGGUAUCAUCGUGUGAAUAUCCACAUCUUAUAGUUGGUAAUUUUAUAGAAACACCCAAUCUAGCUUGUCAGAUCACCAUUAUGAAGAUGGUAAACGGUCGACCACAACCUGGUAUUAGUAGUCAAAUAGAAGCUGAUUAUCAUAGUAAUAGAGAAGUUAUGUGUAUUAUACCUACCAAUUUACUUCUUCAAGGACAAGCUAUAACCAGAUAUUUAUUAUGUGUAACUAUCGAUGGUGUUAGAUAUAGUAAUAAAGUAAUGUACACAGUUUAUGAUUCUAAUUGUUUACAAUGUAGAUCGUGUGGAAACUGUAGCCAAAGGACUGAAACUUGUUUGAUUGGUGAUAAAUGUUGGAAAACAGGGGAUAUUAAUCCCAAUAAUCCUUCCGAGCAUUGUAAUCCACUAACAAACAGUUUGGGUUGGAGUAGCAAAGUUCAAACAACUAUUCCUGUUCCACAACCACCACCACAGAGAAUCCAACAGCCAGGUUUAGAUUGUAAAUGUGCACAAAAGAGAUUAUAUGAAAGAUGGGAUAUUUGGACGAGUAAUCGUACAGGUUGUCCAUGUGAUUCCAGUGAUGCACUGGGACAAUGUGCAUGUUGUGAGGUAGGGGGCUGUCGUUGUCUACAACCAAACACACAACAGUGUACUCAAUGUGGCCAUGAAUCAACUGAUUGUUCAAGGAGGAAAGUGUCACCAGAAUUUGGAAUAGAUGCUUGGACUCGAAAAAAGACUGGAUGUUCAUGCCCAUUUAAUCCAACAGACUUUGAUUGUGCUUGCUGCCAAAACAAAGCUUGUCAUUGUGGACCUUCCCAUAAGAACCAAUGUGCUCCUUGCUCCUAUCCAGAGUUGUGUGGAACCAAACCGGAUGUUUUCGGCGCCCUGUAG